AAAGAUGCUCUAACAGGAAGCGGGUUUGAGGAGCUGCACAGCUUCCUGCCCCCCCGCAACCCCCCUGCCAGAGCUGCUCAGGGCGAGGAGGGCGAGUGCCUGGCUGGGCCACGAGACACAGCUUUGUGCCAGGGUCCUGGCAACUUCCCCUUCCACAGCUACUUCCUUGUGGCUGGGGACCCAGAGGCGAGAGCUGCUGCCCGUUGCCCAGGCCACCCUCCACCUCCAGUUUAGAGCCCUGCCCCCCUGGGGCUGGGCCAAACCCAGUGGCCAGCUGGGAUCCCAUGGGGGACUGGUAGGGCAAAGGUCUUGGGGGACAGAGGUGGCUGGGACAGAGCCCUCCGGCCAUGAAGUCUCGACAGAAAGGAAAGAAGAAAGGCAGUUCAAAGGAGCGAGUGUUUGGGUGUGACUUGCAGGAGCACCUGCAGCACUCGGGCCAGGAGGUGCCUCAGGUAUUAAAGAGCUGUGCAGAAUUCGUGGAGGAGUAUGGAGUGGUGGAUGGGAUCUACCGUCUCUCAGGGGUCUCCUCCAACAUCCAGAAGCUCCGGAAUUUGAGGCAGAACGGAAGCCAGACUUGCGGCGGGAUGUUUAUCUCCAGGACAUUCACUGUGUCUCCUCCCUGUGCAAGGCCUAUUUCAGAGAAUUGCCAGAUCCCCUGCUUACCUACCGGCUCUAUGACAAGUUUGCUGAGGCUGUGGCCGUUCAGUUAGAGCCUGAGCGCUUGAUCAAGAUUCUAGAGGUGCUUCGAGAACUCCCUGUCCCAAACUGCAGGACACUGGAGUUUCUUAUGCGGCACUUGGUGCACAUGGCUUCAUUCAGUGCCCAGACCAACAUGCACGCCCGCAACCUGGCCAUCGUGUGGGCCCCCAACCUGCUGAGGUCUAAGGACAUAGAGGCCUCAGGCUUCAAUGGGACAGCAGCCUUCAUGGAGGUGCGGGUACAAUCCAUCGUUGUCGAGUUCAUCCUCACCCACGUGGACCAGCUCUUCGGGGGUGCUGCCCUUUCUGGUGGUGAAGUGGAAAGUGGAUGGCAAUGUCUUCCAGGGGCUCGGGCAUCAGGUAGCCCUGAGGACCUCAUGCCCAGGAGUCUACCCUACCACUUGCCUAGUGUCCUACAGGCUGGUGAUGGACCCCCCCAGAUUCGGCCCUACCAUACUAUUAUUGAGAUAGCAGAGCACAAGAGGAAGGGGUCUUUGAAAGUCAGGAAGUGGAGGUCUAUCUUCAACCUGGGUCGCUCUGGCCACGAGACAAAGCGUAAACUUCCACGGGGGACUGAGGACAGGGAGGACAAAUCCAAUAAGGGGACACUGCGGCCAGCCAAAAGCAUGGAUUCACUGAGCGCUGCAGCUGGGGCCAGUGAUGAACCGGAGGGGCUGGUGGGUCCCAGCAGUCCCCGGCCAAGCCCACUGCUAUCUGAGAGCUUGGAGAAUGAUUCCAUGGAGACGGUAGAAGGUGAACAGGAGCCUGAGGCAGAGGCACCAGGUAGCACAAACUCUGAGCCAGGCACACCACGAGCUGGACGGUCAGCCAUUCGGGCUGGGGGCAGCAGCCGUGCAGAGCGCUGUGCUGGUGUCCACAUCUCAGACCCCUACAAUGUCAACCUCCCACUGCACAUCACCUCCAUCCUCAACGUGCCUCCAAACAUCAUCUCUAACGUAUCCUUGGCCAGGCUCACCCGUGGUCUUGAGUGCCCUGCUCUACAGCCCCGGCCAACCCCUGCUUCUGGCCCUGGCCCUGGCCCUGGCCUUGGCCCUGGACCCCCAGAUGAGAAGUCGGAGGCAAGUCCAGCCCCCAGUCCCCCGGCUGACUCAGGCCCUGAGGACAUGACUCCUGCCCUGGAGGAUUCCCUGUCCCAGGAGGUGCAAGAUUCCUUCUCCUUCCUAGAGGACUCAAGCAGCUCAGAGCCUGAGUGGGUGGGGGCAGAGGAUGGGGAGGUGGCGAAGGCAGGAGCAGCAGGAGCAGCCUUCUCCCCUGGGGAGGACGACCCUGGGAUGGGCUACCUGGAGGAGCUCCUGGGAGUUGGGCCUCAGGUGGAGGAAUUCUCUGUGGAGCCACCCCUCGAUGACCUGUCUCUGGAUGAGGCACAGUAUGUCCUGGCUCCCAGCUGCUGCUCCCUGGAUUCUUCUGGCCCCAGGCCUGAACUGGAGGAGGAAAAUGGGGAGGAAGUCUUUUUGAGUGCUUAUGAUGACCUAAGUCCUCUUCUGAAACCUAAUCCUCAAAACUGGGAGGGUGCAGGAAAUCUGGAGGAAGAGGCAAAAGAGUGUGGAAGUCAAGAUUCCGAAAAGGCUGAAGAAGAGCAGGCAUGCUGGGAAACUGGGAAAGACAAGAAGGCUGAGCCUGGAAGCACAUUUGGCACCAGGGAAGAGGCUGAGGGGAGUCCAGAGACUGAGAUGGAGGUUGAUAAGGCUGGUGAGGAAGGAGAGGAGGCUGAUGGAAGCCAAGAGAUGAUAAGUUUGGAAAAAGAGAGUGGGGAAGAGACAGAAGCUAAGGGAAAGAAUUCUAAAGGUCAGAAAGAGGUUGAAAGUACCAAGGAAGCUAAGGGUGUGGAGGAACAAAGAGAAGAACAAGAUAAAGACAAGGAGAAGAAAAGAGAGAUUGAGAGAGGAGAGGCCAAGCAAGAAGGAGAGGGAGCUCCAGCAGAAUCUGGAAGGGACUCAGAGAACAGGGCUCAGGAACAACUGAUUUCUGAGGGGAGCUGGGAAGUUGUACACAAACAGGAGGCUGAGGGAGGCAGAGAGGAUGAAGUCAAAAGACAGAGGGGGAAUGGGAACCACAAGGAAAGAGAAGACCAAGAACGUGGUGAAGAUAGCAGAAGUUCAGAAGCAUCAGUUGAUGGAGGAGAUGGGGAGGUUAUUAGGGAGCGGGAGAGUGGGGACGGAGAGGCGGAGGGAGAACAGAAGGAUGGAGGUGACCAUUUAAAAGAAGGGACCCUCUUUGAAGGGCCAGUUAUAGAAUCUCUGGAUGUUGAUAGUACCAAAGAGGGCAAUGCCCAGUCUUCUGAGAUGGAACAGGCAGCCUUACAGCCACCCCUGCUAGAGGGGAUGGAGCCUCAGGGACAGCCUUGUUCAGAAGGCUGUGAUGUAUGCCCCUGUGUCCUUAACUCAGCUGGAGGUGUGGGCAUGCGCCUGGCUUCUACCCUGGUUCAGGUCCAACAGGUCCGCUCUGUGCCUGUAGUGCCCCCCAAACCACAGUUUGCCAAGACGCCCAGUGCAAUGUGUAGCAAAAUCCAUGUGGCACCUGCAAAUCCAUGUCCAAGGCCUGGUCGGCUUGAUGGGACACCGGGGGAAAGGGCUUGGGGGUCUCAAGCUUCCCGAGCCUCUUGGAGAAAUGGGGGCAGUCUUUCCUUUGAUGCUGCUGUGGCACUGGCUCGGGACCGCCAGAGGACUGAGGCUCAAGGAGUUCGUCGGACCCAGACCUGUACUGGGGGUGGGGACUAUAGCAUCAUUCCCAGAAGCUCCCCCUGUAGCUUGGUCUCUGAUCAUUCCCCUCGGCCCCUUAGCUGUCUAGGACUCCCACCUGAAGGCACAGAAGGGUCUGGGCCCCCAAGUCGGUUUAGUCUGCCCCCUAGAGAACCCCAGCUCCCCGACACCCUUACAUCACCCCAGCGUCGAUCAUAUGCAUUUGAAACACAGGCUAACCCUGGAAAAGGUAAGGGACUGUGAUUAGAAUCCGACCAUUGGACAAAGGAGGCCAGUAAGUUAUCUUGAAUCCCUGGGAUCCCUCAAUAGCUGUCUUUUCUGCUGCCUGAGCAGCUACAGUACCCCACUCUAUCAUAGGCUUUGGUUCUCCAGCUACUCUCUUUAAUGACUAUGGGAGGCACUGCCUUGAUGAUUUUACCUGAGCUUGUCUCAGACAGAAAGCACUAUCUCUUAGAAGAGAGUCCCAAGAAAGUAAGAUCCUCCUUCCACAAAGUGUGUCCACUGACCAAAGGAACAUAGGGCAUAGAGAAAACUUAGAGGCUUCUUAAAAGUGAAGAAUGAAGGGGGAAUUCCAGUCAAAUGGCUGCCCUCUUCUGAGGCUAUGAACUUCUGUUCAUGGAAUCCCAGUGUAGAAGCAGGAAACACAAGGCCAGGUCAGAGCCUUCCAUACACAAACACUUCUAGAAUUGCCCAUCCCUACUUUGCUCCUAGACCCUUGGUUACCUCCUAAUCCU